GUCAAAGCGUUCUUCAAAAUACUGUUUACGUAAAUCAACCACUCGAAAGGACCAUCUUUCUGGACAAAAUGCAAUCACAGUUUCUGCUGGGAAUCGAAAGCUCCCUGAGGAGGCUUCCGCUGCUAGUGUCGGUUCGCUUUGCGUCGAAGAAAACCGGUGGCAGCACAAAGAACCCCCAGGAUCACGGCCGACCGAAGCACCGCGGCUGGAAGAUCCAGGACGGUCAGACCGUGUCCGCUGGUACGAUUCUGGCCACCCAGCGAACGCCUCGCUUCCACCCGGGACUGAAUGUGGGCUUCGGCAAGAACGGCACUAUCUUUGCGCUGGAACAUGGCACGGUGUACGUGACGUGUGAGAAGCUCGACCCGAACUGGGACCACACCUGGGUGCAGCGGAUCUACGCCGGCCGCGAGAACCAGACGAUCUACAAGAAGUUUUUCAACGUUGUGCCACCGCCCCAGCACCAGCGCUUCCGGUUGAAGGAGGAGCUGUAGUAAUAAAGGUCGAGAGGAGCUUGUUUGUUUGGGUUCGUAGUAAGCGAAAA